UGAUGAUAGUGGUUACUUUACCUCAGUGGAUCCCUGUGGUUGCGUGCUGUUUGCUUAAACAGAAUUCAAACGAAUAUAAUGCAUUUACAUUACAACAAACUAGUUUCAUAUAAAGUUCGCAUUAUUUGGAUUUUAUUUGGAUUUAGUGAGCUUAAAAAAACACACAUUGCACUGAAUUCAGUUAACUCUUGGUGUGGACGCAACAAAAAUUUCACGGAAACAGAUGCAUGCAACGUCAUCAUUUAAUUAAUGAACAUUUUUUACGUAGUUUUGCAUAACGUUUUUUUCUUCUCCUACCUUUUUGACGUCAUUUGUAUUACUAAAAACUCUGCUGCAACAAAUCGUUUCGCUGUUAUUAAAACUCGCUUUAAAAGAGCAAGCAUAAUAUCUACAAGGUGUUGCUUCUGUCAAGACCUUUCUUUUUUAGAUCUUGUUGCUUUGUUACAACGUGCUGAAUUUGAAAAUGUUUUUACGAAGAACACGUUCCUUCCAGCCUUUUAAUCAAAAGUCUAUCGAAAAAGAAGAGACCUUAGUCGAAAAAUUACGCAUUGCCGCAUUUGGUUACGGUGGAGUUGGUAAAACGUCGUUAAUAAAAAGGUUUCUAUACGACGAGUUCAGAGAUGAGUAUUGCGAAACAAUAGAGGAUGACUACAGACAAGUUCUUGAAUACAAUGACAUAACAUGCGAUGUAACGAUUCUAGAUACGGCUGGAAACCACCAGUUUCCAGCCAUGAGAAAAUUAGCAAUUGAAAGUUGUCAUGGCUUUAUUUUGGUUUACUCAGUCGAUAGUCAAAAAUCUUUCGAAGAAGUAAAGCGCUUAUACAAUAUAAUUAUUGAUAUAAAAAAAACUCCAAACGUUCCGAUCAUUUUGGUUGCAAAUAAAUCAGACACUCAUGCCCGGGAAGUCCCAAACGACGAGGCUUACAUAUUAAUAAAUGCCAUGGGAAACAAAUGCGAGUUUAUUGAAGCAUCGGCAAAAUUUAAUUUAAACACAAAGUUAGUUUUUUACGACUUAAUGCGUUUAAUUUCGGAAGAGAAAAAUGAAAUUUUAGAGUUAGAACUUAUAAACAAAAACCGAUCUAGAUCCCGUAUAUCGAGUUUACGAGCCUCCUUUAGCCAUGUUAUAAAACUCUGAAAUAAAAGAUUGAAUUAAAAAAAAAAUGCGUUUUUAUAAAGUUAUUAAACAGUAUUAUGCAA